AUGGACCCCUUGAAAGAUCCUCGGAUAUGUGGGCGACCGCAGUGUCAUGAAACAAACAACAAAUUUAGGUACCAACAGCAUCGACUUUACAAGUAUGACUACGCAAUGAACGUUAAAACCCAGUUCUCUGGGAGUGGAGAAAAUUCUUCAGAGCUGCAUCUUAUAGCAGCAGUAGAAAUUGAUUUUCCAAAGCCUUGCCAGGGAUUGUUGAAGUUGCACUCCAUAGAGGUGCGUGAUCGACCACUGCCGGUAGUUGAAGAGCAAGACUUCGAGUAUGGCGCUGAUUACGUCGAACCUCCGCCAGAGGUUGAACUGCAUCCGAAGAGUGAUGCUAUUGCAGAAGACCUGAUGCGAUUCGAGCUGAAGUUUGCAUUCCACGAUGGUGUGGUGGGUGAAAUCUGCCACGAGGAGGAAGAACCCGUGUGGACCUUGAACUUGAAACGUGGUAUUUUGUCGUCGUUCCAAAACAGUAUGCCUCGCUUUGACAUCGAUUAUCACACAACGGAAACGGACGUAUCUGGAGUGUGUGAUGUUACGUACACGAUGAGUGGAUCGAAGGAAACAAGUCUAUCGAUUAGGAAAACAAAGGAUAUUGAUUCUUGCAAAAGGAGAUACAAGACGAAUUCUCUCAUCCAGACAGUACCCUACGAAUUCAGACCGGGUAAUGCCCUUUUUCAACAUAUUAGAAGUGGCGGAAUUACAUCUCUAUUCGAUUUUUAUUUUCAGAACUAUGUUGCUUGGCCAAUUUUGAAUUCAACCAGCUACUGUAAUAUUUCGGUUGAUAACUUCGUUUACAAGGAAGCUAUUUGCUACGAGCGACAUCAAUUGGUUCCAUUUUCAAACGGGCAAGCAGGUGCGGUAACGGAAUCAUUCAGCAAACUAACCUUGGCUGACGAAGAAUCGUACUCGCCGGAGGAGCAGACUCCCGAUGAUGAUUAUGAGAUUCAGAAACGAUCUAGUCUCAUCUACGAUCAUACACCGUCGGUUCGGGAUAGCCACGAUGAGAUUAAAGCCUCUCGUGAACUGCUGAAAGAACUUUGUCGACAAGGUUUUCCAGAUAUUCAAAGAAACUUUCCAGAUGUAUUUUUGAGUUUUCUUUCCACCACAAGGGUGCUGUCGUUUACUGCACUUUCACAGCUACUCUAUCGAUCAAAAAGUAUCUGUGAGAAUGGAAAGAAUCAUGUUUUGGAAAGCCUUCCAUACAUUGGAAGUCCGGCAUCGGUGACGUUGAUGAAGGAUCAAAUCGUUAAAGAAUCAAAUACCAGCUGA